CAGUAAAAUCAAGACUAGUAGUGAUGAAUCCGAUUCCCAAGGCAACCAUCUCCUUCCCAUAACCGACCUCCCAUUCUGCUUUGGCCCACUCUUCGCUCCUUCUGCCAACCAACAACUGAGACAUCACUAUGUCCACCGCUCGUCUCCGCCGUCUGGGCGUCGCAGUCAUGGCCACCACCGUGGCAUCCGGUGGAAUCUUCCUCCUUCAACCCGCCUUCUCCUCCAGUGAUCGCGGAGGUGGACCUUUGCUUGAUGCGGUGCGACAGAAGAUCAAUGACCCGAACGCUGACGUCCCGUCGCGGGGGGUUCAAGAGUCCACUUUGAUGGGCGCGAGUUCCGCCAAUCCUCUUGAUAUUCUUGUCGUUGGUGGCGGAGGCACUGGCUGCGGCGUGGCCCUGGAUGCUGCCACCAGAGGGCUCCGCGUUGGGCUCGUUGAGAGAGAGGACUUCUCUUCGGGCACAUCUUCGCGGUCCACAAAGCUAGUUCAUGGAGGUGUGCGAUACUUGGAAAAAGCUUUUUUUAAUCUCGACUAUGGACAACUGAAACUGGUAUUCCAUGCACUUGAGGAGCGUAAACAGGUUAUUGACAAUGCCCCACACCUGUGUCAUGCUUUGCCAUGCAUGACACCCUGUUUUAGUCGGUUUGAGGUACUAUACUACUGGAUGGGCUUGAAAAUGUAUGAUUUGGUCGCAGGACCACGUCUGCUACAUUUAUCCAGAUAUUAUUCUACACAAGAGUCUGUUGAACUUUUCCCAACACUUGCCAAGAAGGGAAACGGUAGAAACUUGAGUGGUACCGUGGUGUAUUAUGAUGGACAAAUGAAUGACUCACGGCUUAAUGUUUCAUUAGCUUGUACUGCUGCAUUAGCUGGCGCAGCAGUGCUGAACCAUGCUGAAGUUGUAUCGCUUCUCAAAGAUGAGGCUAAUGGGCGGAUAAUUGGUGCACGUAUUCGAGACAAUAUUUCUGGCAAAGAGUUUGAUAGCUACGCAAAAGUUGUUGUGAAUGCUGCUGGGCCAUUUUGUGAUUCGGUAAGGAAAAUGGUUAACAAAGCUGUGAAGCCAAUUAUCUGUCCUAGCAGUGGUGUGCACAUUGUUCUCCCUGAUUAUUAUUCUCCAGAAGGAAUGGGCUUGAUUGUUCCUAAAACUAAGGAUGGGCGUGUUGUAUUUAUGCUGCCUUGGUUGGGUAGAACGGUUGCUGGCACCACAGAUUCUGAUACCAUUAUCACUCCACUUCCGGAACCGCAUGAGGAUGAAAUUCAAUUCAUACUGGAUGCCAUUUCCGAUUAUCUUUCUGUUAAGGUACGACGGACAGAUGUUCUUUCUGCUUGGAGUGGCAUCCGCCCAUUGGCAAUGGAUCCAUCAGCAAAGAACACUGAGAGCAUCUCCAGAGAUCAUGUUGUAGGUGAAGAAUAUCCGGGUUUGGUCACUAUUACUGGGGGAAAGUGGACCACUUACAGAAGAACUAGUUUCAGCAUGGCAGAGGAUGCAGUUAAUGCUGCAAUAAAGUCUGGAAAGUUGAGUCCGGGUACUGGUUGUUUAACUCAGAACCUGAGGCUUAUUGGUGGAGAGGGAUGGGAGCCAUCAUCCUUUACAGUUCUUGCUCAGCAGUAUGUGCGCAUGAAGAAGACAUAUGGUGGCAAAGUUGUUCCUGGCAUAAUGGAUAGUGCUGCAGCUAAGCAUUUGUCGCAUGCAUAUGGUACCUUGGCAUAUAGAGUAGCUGCUAUAGCUCAGGAUGAAGGCCUAGGAAAGAGACUUGCUCAUGGAUAUCCUUAUCUGGAGGCUGAGGUUGCCUACUGUGCUCGGCAUGAGUACUGUGAAUCUGCUGUUGAUUUCAUUGCUAGGAGAUCUCGGCUUGCUUUCCUUGACACGGAUGCUGCAAGGCGGGCAUUGCCACGCGUAAUUGAGAUUCUGGCUCUUGAACACAGCUGGGACAUGUCAAAGCAAGAGCUAGAACUACAAAAGGCCAAAGACUUUUUGGAAACUUUCAAAUCCUCAAAAAAUGCCCAGUUCCAUGAUGGGAAACACCAGGUGCUUGAAAUCAAAUGAGCAGGCCUUUUGAUGGAUCUCCAUUCUCCAUCUUCUGGUGGAUAGUUUUGACAAUAACUUUUAAUUUUUGCCAUACGAAGCAAGUUUUGCUUGCUUCAUUCUGCAAAUUGGUAGAAUCCCUACAGAUGCCAAAAACGAUUAUGUGAAUCUGGUUAAGGCUUACACAACAUUGAAGGGUCCUCAUUUUCUUAAAGCUUUUGGAUACGGUUGAUGCCAAAAUAAGUUCUUUCCUUCCUUUUCAUUGAAGGCGAAAAUAACAAUUGCUGUCAAUAAAUCCCCUCUUUUCCGGGUUCACCUUCUUGUGUAGGCCAUUAUUGUCUCUCUUUCAAUUCAUGUGUUACAAUUAUUAGUAGCUGGUUUUAGCCUCUGUAAUUUCUCUAAUGGAGAAGUUAAAAGAAACCUUUCCUAGUC